AUGGGUCUACUUGAUCUGUUACGAAGUUUCCGUUCAGCACCUCAACAAGAACUUCGUAUUUUACUUUUGGGUCUCGAUAAUGCGGGAAAAACUACAUUACUUAAAGUCCUUGCCUCUGAAGAUAUUACACAUAUAACACCAACACAAGGCUUUAACAUCAAGAGUGUGCAAUCGAGUGGUUUCAAACUUAAUGUAUGGGAUAUUGGUGGCCAACGUAAAAUACGACCAUACUGGCGUAAUUAUUUUGAAAAUACAGAUGUUUUAAUAUAUGUUAUCGACAGUUCCGAUAAAAAACGUUUUGAUGAAACAAAUCAAGAAUUAUCUGAAUUAUUGCAAGAGGAAAAAUUAAGUGAUGUACCACUAUUAAUUUUUGCCAAUAAACAAGAUUUAUUGAAUGCUGCUAAAGCAUCAGAAAUCACCGACGGUCUAUCAUUACAUGAAAUACGUGAUCGACGAUGGCAGAUACAGGGUUGUUCAGCACAUACCAAAGAAGGUGUUAAAGAAGGACUCGAUUGGAUAUCAAAAACAGUUGCUAACAAUAAAAAGAAAUAG